AUGUCCUACUUGUCGAAAUUCGAUUGCAAAUCGGCUCGCGUUAAAGGAUUGGCUUUUCACCAUAAACGUCCGUGGGUUCUAAGCAGUCUGCAUACGGGGGUCAUUCAGCUUUGGGAUUUUAGGAGCUGCACCCUUAUCGAUAAGUUCGAAGGCCAUGAAGGACCGGUCCGUGGCGUAGACUUUCACAUUAAUCAGCCCUUAUUUGUCUCUGGUGGCGAUGACUACAAGAUAAAAGUUUGGAACUACAAGCAGAAAAAAUGCCUGUUCAAUUUAUUGGGCCAUUUGGACUACAUCAGAACUACGUUCUUUCAUAAGGAAUACCCCUGGAUAUUAAGUGCCUCGGAUGAUCAAACAAUACGCAUAUGGAACUGGCAGUCUCGCACGAUUGUCUCCGUCCUGACUGGUCAUAGCCAUUACGUAAUGUGUGCUCAGUUUCAUCCGAAGGAUGAUCUUGUUGUGUCAGCCUCGCUGGACCAAACUGUUCGUAUAUGGGACAUGUCUGGGUUACGCAAGAAAAAUGUCUCCCCUGCAGGAAUUUCGGGAAUUGAGGAGCAUAUGCGACAAAUAACAGCAUCGAUCAGGACUGCAAACACGAUGGCCGGGCCUGGGCACACUGAACUGUUCGGCUCCGGCGAUGUCGUUGUGCGUCAUGUUUUGGAGGGUCACGAUCGUGGCGUCAAUUGGGUAGCCUUUCACCCGUCGCUUCCCAUUGUGGUGUCGGCAGCUGAUGAUCGAUUAUUAAAACUUUGGCGUAUGACAGAGACGAAAGCUUGGGAACUGGACACUCUUCGUGGACACUACAAUAAUGUCAGUUGCGCCCUGUUUCAUCCGCGACAAGAUUUGUUGAUAUCAAACUCAGAAGAUAAAUCAAUCCGCGUAUGGGACUUAGCGAAGAGGACUUGCUUGUCCACCUUUCGUCGAGACUCAGACCGUUUCUGGGUUAUUGCAGCGCAUCCUAAACUUAAUCUGUUCGCGGCUGGGCAUGAUACCGGUUUUGUCGUGUUCAAACUGGAACGAGAGCGUCCGGCCUUCGCUAUCCACAAAGAUUUUUUGUUUUAUGUCAAGUUACCGUUUCUUCGCCGGUUGGAUCUGAAUGCAACGAAAGAUAUCGCAAUCAUACAACUUCGCGAAGGACGAGGAACUGCUGUGAGUCUGGCGUUUAAUCCCAUCGAGAAUGCAGCCAUUGUACUGAGUCGAGGCAGGGACCCAGAUUCCGGCACCUCUGGCAGCUCUACGCUUUCCUCCCCUCCCUCUAUAGUCUAUGAUCUGUACAUGCUGCCCCGUGAAGCCACAUCCACAAGCGAAGUGCAAAACACUGACGCUCGAUCUGGGACCGGUUGUGCAAUCGCAUGGGUUGGACGUAACAAAUUCGCAGUGCUGGAGAGCACAGGGACGAUUCUCAUCAAGAACUUGCAAAACGAAAAAGUGAAGCGAGUCAGUCUUUCUGGCGUGGAUCAUUUCUUCUAUGCGGGCACGGGGAAUCUUCUUAUCCGCGAUUCCAGUGGAAUCAGCCUGUGCGACGUGAUCAACAAACGAACUUUGGCCACCCUGAAGAACACCAAGUACAUACGCCAUGUUGUAUGGUCUCCUGACAAUCAGUAUGUGGCCAUGUUCACAAAGCUCUACUUGUAUCUGUGUGAUCGACAAUUGGAACUUAAAGCCACUGUUCAUGAGACGGUGCGGAUCAAAAGCGGAGCAUGGGAAGAACACGGUGUGUUCAUUUACACCACAAGUAAUCACAUCAAGUAUAGUUUGCUGAACGGUGAUCAUGGCAUUAUUCGAACCUUGGAACUUCCAGUUUAUAUUACUCGUGUUCGAGGAAAUUCCGUAUUCUGUUUGGAUAGAGAUUACGCUCCACUCGUUCUGUCGAUCGAUCCUACCGAAUAUAGAUUCAAGCUAGCUUUGAUCAAUCGGCGUUACGAUGAGGUUCUGCACAUGGUGCGCAAUUCCAAUCUGGUGGGCCAGGCUAUUAUCGGAUACUUGGAACAAAAAGGCUUCCCAGAAGUGGCUCUCCAUUUUGUCAAAGACACACGCACUCGAUUCUCAUUGGCAAUGGACUGUGGGCAGCUUGAAGUUGGACUCGAGGCAGCUCGCACUCUGGACGAUAAAGCUUGUUGGGAACGUCUGGGGGAAUUGGCUCUGCGUCAGGGAAACUAUCAAAUUGUCGAAAUGGCAUAUCAACGCACAAAGAAUUUCGAUAAACUCUCAUUCCUCUAUCUCAUCACUGGCAACUUGGAUAAACUACAAAAAAUGAUGGCGAUCGCUGAGAUCCGUAAAGAUACAUCAAGCCAUUACCAAAUUGCUUUGUUACUUGGAAACGUCGCCGAACGCAUCAAAGUUUUGCGCAACAGCGGACAAACCGCCCUUGCAUACUUAACUGCGGCAACUCAUGGUUUAACUAAAGAAGCUGACGAACUGCGAGAACAACUGAAAUCUCAAGAACGACCAGAAAAGCCUGUCAGAUUGCCAACCGUGGAUCCUAAUGCUCAACUUUGCCUACCAUGCCCACCUAUCAUACGCGCGGACAAAAUCAAUGCUUCAGCAUCUUCACUUGGUCCAAACUGGCCACUUUUAAGUGCACAGCUUGAUGUGUUUGAAGCUGCAAUGGCACAACGACAUUCUGCCAUUUUGAAACCUCCGGUUAUGGAAGAUGGUCCUCUCAAAGUAAUUGGUCCAACCAACAAAAGCAUAUCAUUGAUGUUAACCGACGGAGCAGAAGAGGCUGCCUGGGGAAAGGAUGCCGAACUGGAUCUAGACGAAACAGACGAAUUCGCGGAUGCAGUGGAAGGUGAUGAUGUCACUGCGGUAUCUGCCUCAGGGAGCCCUGGUGACGAGGGUUGGGACCUCGGUGAUGCUGAUCUAGAGCUCCCUCCUGAAAUUACCUCCAUGCAGAAAGUCACUUCUGUCAACGACAUUGAUACUUUCGUAAAUCCUCCUGCCGGCCGUCUUCCUUCGCAGUUUUGGAUUGAUAACUCAAAGUUUCCGGCAGAUCACAUAAUGGCAGGAAACUAUGCAGAAGCAAUGCGGUUACUCAAUGCCCAAGUGGGGGUCGUGGUGUUCGAGCCUUAUCGAUCCUUGUUCGCAUCGCUGUACUCCGCAUCUCGUUCCAUUUGUCCGGGCCUACCGUCGACACCUUCGCUGUUUAUCUAUCCCCAGCGCAAUUGGAAAAAGGCAUCUGAAAACACGUCCCUUCCAACACUGAUGGUGACAUUGAACAAUCUCGUCAAUCGUCUUCAGUCCGCUUAUCAGCUUACAACGAAGGGAAAGUUUCCAGAAGCAAUCGACAGAUUUCGGACGAUUCUUUUAUCGGUGCCUCUGUUGAUACUUGAUACGGCAGCCGAAGAAUCCGAAGCCAAACGUUUGAUUAGCGUCUGUAAAGAGUACAUUCUCGGAUUAUCUUUGGAGCUGGCUAGGAAGGCUAUGCCGAGGGAGACUGUCGCAGAUCAGAUCCGCAACGCAGAGUUAGCCUGUUACUUCACGCAUUGUCGUUUGGAGACUCCUCACCUGAUUCUAACACUCCGCACUGCUUUAAAUUUGCUGUUCAAGUUGAAAAAUUUCCGUUCUGCCUCGGCGAUGGCUCAUCGUUUGCUAGAUCUUGCCCCAUCACUAGAGGUGGCUAAUCAGACGAGAAAAAUAUUGCGGGCUUGUGAAGCAGCCUCACCUUUCGAAGACGCACAUCAACUGUCCUACGAUCCGCGUAAUCCCUUCGAAAUCUGUGCGGCAACUUAUGUUCCCAUCUACCGUGGCACGGAACACGUCAAAGACCCCCUUAGUGGAGCAUGUUAUGUUCCAGCAAUGAAGGGGAAACUGUGCUGCAUUACCAAGGCCACAGAAAUCGGAUUGGACUGCCAAGGUUUGCGUAUCUUAUCCUCACGGCAUGGACGAUGAACAAACAAAACAUCCAACUUGGGGGUUUCGCUUUCUUCCUUACUUUACUGUCUCGAUGACUCUUUUCUUUGCGGUGAAAUUUCCCACUUGUCUGCCUUUUGCAGACCCGUUUCCGAGCUCUCCGCUACAGAUCCGCUGUUUGUAUUCCGUACGAACUGUACACCGUUACCCAGCCGAUCUGGUGGGUCUCGCUGUGAUCAUUUCCACUACUCUUUUACAAUAAACUUUAAUCUGAAAUC